GAUCGAGCAGUUUCUUGAGGCGGCUUAAACCCUAAACCUCUAUAAAAAUCCAGGCCAAGUUUUACAUUUUGAUGAAUCUUCUUCUUCUUCUCAGAUUUUCAUCGCAGCAUCGUUGAAAUGGCGGAUACGGGUACUGAUCCGAUCAAUGGAUCCCCAGAAUCCGGUAAUAAUCCGGACCAGAUUCAGCCGAUCCGUAUGCCCACCAUGGAAGAGAUUCGAGCCCAGGAGGUUUGGAACAAUUGUGCUGUUCGUAGCGUAGCUAGUGGCGUCAUGGGAGGAGGGCUUGGCUUGAUGAUGGGUCUGUUCCUGGGUGCAUUGGAUAAUCCCAUAAUGCAAGAAGAGAUGACUGCAAGGCAGCAGUUCAUAUACCAGGCGAGGCAAAUGGGCCAGAGGAGUUGGAGCUCGGCAAAAACAUUCGCAGUUAUGGGUCUAAUUUUCUCUGCUGCAGAGUGCGUAGUCGAGAAGGCAAGGGCUAAGCAUGACACCACGAAUACCGUUGUCGCUGGGUGUGUGACGGGCGGCGCAAUGUCCGCCAAAGGUGGGCCGAAAGCAGCAUGUGUAGGGUGUGCGGGUUUUGCAGCAUUCUCUGUAGUCAUAGAGAAGUUCUUUGACAGCCAUAGCUGAUAAAGCAUCUAACAAGCAGAGCACACUUCUCCAUUGGAGACACAGAGAAAGGGGAAUUGUAUUGAUGGGAAUCUAUUCAAUUGCUGUCAUUAUUUUUGUUAUAGGGUUGUGUAGCCAAUAGACAGGACAGGUUACAUGAACUGCUCUGUAGUUACUUCUGUUUGAUUCUUUAUGAGAUCUGAUCCACUAUUCAUAAGUGGGCAUUCCUCUUUGGAA